AGAAGAAGCAGGAGGAGGAGGAAGGGGAGGAGGACGGGGGCAGCAGUAGCCACGAUCGCCACCACCAGGCAGAGGAAGAGUUAGUAGGGAGGGACAGAUCUCCUCCCACUUGGAGCGCCGUCUGCCUGCUUUUGGAAAAAAGAAUAAAAGAUAAAGAAAAAAGAGAGAGAAGGAACGAGAAGGGGAAAGUGAGAGAGAGCAAGAGAGUGAAAAAAAAUUUUUAAGGCGAGAUCAGAGAGGGCUGGGGAGCGCAGGGGCCCGCAGGACUCGGGGGCGGACCAACCGAGCCCCAGUGCGGUCGCCCGGGCAGGUGCCACCGCUGCUGCCCAAAGGCGGCAUGUGACGCGCGGCCGCAGCUGCCCGCGGGCGGAGCGCGCUCGGACCCGGGAGCGCAACCGCGGGCCAAGUCGGCUGCAGCCGGGAGCCCUGCGCUCUCCACCCGCCCGGAGGAGCCGCAGCUGCGCUUGCACCCAGAAGCCGGGCAAUGCAGAGAAGGGCGGCUCCGGUGCACGAGCGACCCUGAGGACAGUCGCUGUCUCGGAACGCCGAGCUGAGAGACGCCGAGGUUCCGUGGUGCGGACCGGACGGUCCCGGAGAUUCGGGGUGGCGCGGAGGACCCGCGUGGGACAGCCACCUGGAAGGCGGCUGCCAGAUAUGACUGGUGAUGGCAUUUACUUCAGUUCUGAGUUGCUCAGUGGACUGUGGAUUAAGUGAACCAUAUCCUUUCCCAUCAUGAUACACAACAUAAAGGCUCUACACUUUGCUGCAUUCUGACUAGUGGCCAAGAACGUGACAUUCCAAACUUCAGCAAAGGUACAGUAAGACUAUGUCAGAGAGUCACAAUGACCUUGCACAGUAACAGUACAGCCUCGCCUUUGUUUCCCAACAUCAGCUCUUCCUGGGUGCACAGUUCCUCAGAGGCAGGACUGCCCUUGGGGACAGUCACUCACUUGGGCAGCUACAACAUUUCACAAGCAGCUGGGAAUUUCUCCUCAAAGGACACCUCCAGUGACCCUCUGGGGGGUCACACCGUCUGGCAAGUGGUCUUCAUUGUAUUCUUAACAGGCUUCCUGGCGUUGGUGACCAUCAUUGGCAACAUCCUUGUCAUUGUGGCAUUUAAGGUCAACAAACAGCUGAAGACAGUCAACAACUACUUCCUCUUAAGCCUGGCCUGUGCAGACCUGAUCAUUGGGGUCAUUUCCAUGAACCUGUUCACUACCUACAUCAUUAUGAACCGCUGGGCACUGGGGAACUUAGCCUGUGACCUCUGGCUUUCCAUUGACUAUGUGGCCAGCAAUGCUUCUGUCAUGAAUCUGCUGGUCAUCAGCUUUGACAGGUACUUUUCCAUCACGAGGCCACUCACCUACCGAGCCAAACGAACAACAAAACGAGCUGGUGUGAUGAUUGGUCUGGCUUGGGUCAUCUCCUUUGUCCUGUGGGCUCCUGCCAUCUUGUUCUGGCAAUACUUUGUAGGGAAGAGAACUGUUCCCCCAGGAGAAUGUUUUAUUCAGUUCCUGAGUGAGCCCACCAUCACCUUCGGCACGGCGAUUGCUGCUUUCUAUAUGCCUGUCACCAUCAUGACUAUUUUAUAUUGGAGGAUCUAUAAGGAAACUGAAAAACGUACCAAAGAGCUGGCUGGCCUACAGGCCUCUGGGACAGAAGCUGAGGCAGAAAACUUUGUCCACCCCACGGGCAGUUCUCGAAGCUGCAGCAGCUAUGAACUACAACAGCAAAGCAUGAAACGCUCAUCCAGGAGGAAGUACGGUCGCUGUCACUUCUGGUUCACCACCAAGAGCUGGAAGCCCAGUGUUGAGCAGAUGGACCAAGACCACAGUAGUAGUGACAGCUGGAAUAACAACGAUGCUGCUGCCUCCCUAGAAAACUCUGCCUCCUCCGAUGAAGAGGACAUUGGCUCCGAGACCAGAGCCAUCUACUCUAUUGUGCUCAAGCUUCCAGGUCAUAGCACCAUCCUCAACGCUACCAAGCUGCCAUCCUCAGACAACCUGCAGGUGCCAGAUGAGGAGCUUGGGACUGGUGAUUUGGAGAGAAAUGCCAAUAAGCUUCAGGCCCAGAAGUGCAUCGAUGAUGGUGACAGCUGUCAGAAGGACUUCACCAAGCUUCCCAUCCAGUUAGAGUCUGCCGUGGACAUGCCCAAGACCUCUGACACCAACUCCUCGGCAGACAAGACCACGGCCACUCUACCUCUGUCCUUCAAGGAAGCCACACUUGCUAAGAGGUUUGCUCUGAAGACCAGAAGUCAGAUCACCAAGCGGAAAAGAAUGUCACUCAUCAAGGAGAAGAAGGCAGCCCAGACCCUCAGUGCCAUCUUGCUGGCCUUCAUCAUCACAUGGACCCCCUACAACAUCAUGGUCCUGGUGAAUACCUUCUGUGACAGCUGCAUCCCCAAAACCUAUUGGAAUCUGGGCUACUGGCUGUGCUAUAUCAACAGCACCGUGAACCCCGUGUGCUAUGCCCUGUGCAACAAAACAUUCCGAACCACCUUCAAGAUGCUUCUCUUAUGCCAGUGUGACAAAAGAAAGAGACGCAAACAGCAGUACCAGCAAAGACAGUCAGUCAUUUUUCACAAGCGAGUGCCCGAGCAGGCCUUGUAGAAAAAGGGUUUGUCAGUAACAGUGACCACACACGCACAGCAGCCCACACAGCCUAGCAGGAGUCUGGCGCAGGUGGGAGGCCAUUCCUGAUGGUGAUAAAAAGGGGUUUUUAUCAACCACACAGGAGAGAAGCUGCCUGUUUACUGAUCCAUUGAAUAAACUGAUUUUGGUCAAAUGCUAAUUCAGCAGGAUAGAAAGAAAAACAUACUGCUGAAUAUAAAGAAAUAUAUUCUGAAAAAG